AUGAAAUUCUUCAUCGUUUUGGUAGUUGCUUUGGCAUCAAUCAUUGGCUCCAUCCAGGCGGAUCAAUCGUCGAUGGAUCAUUAUUAUAUACGGAAGAGUUGGCCAGAGGCCCAGGCCGAAUGUGCCCUCUACCUGCGUGUGCCGGACGACCGUCUCCAACGCUACUUGCGCGAGGGAUACCCCGAUGAGCAGGAGGUUCACUGCCUGGUGCUGUGCGUCCUCGAGAACCUGCGUGCCUGGGAAAACGGUACGCUUCACGAGGAAGUGCUGUCCAACUACUUCGUCCCAGCCACCGAAGACUGCGACAACGCCAAGCGUACCGAACGGUGCCUGGUGAACCUGCCCCAGGAAUGCAACGGUGAGCCAUGCGUGCAGGCCUAUCGUGCCUUCCAGUGCUACUACCAGAACUACGGAACGCUUACCAACUGUCCUGAGUACAUCCCGAGCUACUACGGCGAGGACCUGCAGGAGGCCUAUGACUUGUUCGACAUGUUGGACGUGUCGGAAGAGACCCGCCGUAAACUGGCUGGUGGAUGCUUCCCAAGCGGGCUAGAAUCGCAGUGCUUCUUCUAUGCUUAUGUGGUACGGUACGGUGGUUGGUCCAAGGAUGCUCCGCUCCUGCACAACCUUUACACCCAAAGCAACGAGGAAGCCUUCAAGGAGAACAACGCUGAGACUCAAGUCUGUUUGGCUAACCUGAACAAGCAGGCCUGUAACAAGAGCAAGUGUGAACACGUCACCGAUGUCUUCGCUCAGUGCUUUGGCAAUACUCAGCUGUACAAGCACCUGCUGGCUGUGUUCAAGGAUGCUGCCUUGACGUACACCAAGCUUUAA